AUGCAUAUCAGCCUCCCUCCAGCCCCUGCAGUAUACCUCCUCCUGGCAUCCCUGCCUCUUCUGGUCCUCUCCGAGACCAAAUCCAUCUAUAUCGGCCACUGUCUCCUCAAACCAAUCUCUUCCCUAGCCUUUCUUGCUGGUCCUCUUCUCCUCGCCCUCAAUGAACCUACACCAUAUCGCCAGCUCAUCACCUGGGGCCUCUUCUUCUCUCUCAUCGGGGAUAUACUCCUAAUACCCUUGCGCAGCGACUAUGCAAAACAGAACAAAGACGGCGCUAAUCAAGAAGUUUCCAUCUCCGUAUCCUUUCAGGCCGGGAUUGGCGCCUUUGCAGCGGCCCAUAUAGCGUAUAUCCUCGCCUUUCUGCAAGACGCGCAGACGAUAUCAUGGCCCGUAUUCGGAAGUAUGGCCAUACUCUCGCUGCUGGCUGCGAAGUGGUUGGGCGUUUUAUAUCCAAAGGCUAGCACAGAAGACUCGUCCAGUUCGCUUAUGAGCUCGAAUGUACUUAACCUCUCUGUGCCGGAUGAUAUGCGGCACCUGGUAUUCGUUUAUACCCUGAUUAUCAGCUGCAUGGUCGGUGCUGCUGCUUCAACGACACCAGUGUUACAGCUGCCAUCUGGCUUGUCGAUGCAGGGCCAGCGCGCUCUAGGUGCCGUGAUGUUUGUCAUCAGCGAUGUCUUCGUUGCCAAGGAUGCAUUUAGCAAGAAAUCCGCUGAUAAGGGAGGGUAUUUUUGGCUAAAGGCAGCCGUGGGUUGGGGACUUUACUUUUGGGGACAGAUGGUUUUGGCCGGCACGGUAGCAGGUAUAUGA